CUACAUGCGUUGCUCCUUGUGCCCCUCAACACAAGUAAGUUGAACUUUUGAUUUUCCCCAACUUUUUCUUCCACUACAAUAUUUUUUUUUUUCAAAAAUAGAAAAGAAAAAAAAAAGGAACCAAAAGAACCUAAACCAAAGAGUGAGAGUGAGAAACUAAGAAUCUUAAAAAGCAGCAAAACCCCAUUAACAUUUUCUAGGGUUCUCUACAUUUCACUUCUACCCAAAUUAAUUGAAGUUCUUCAAGAGUAACAAGAAGAAGACUUUGCUCCAAUUUGUCAAGUGUACUUGCAAAAAUUGAGGUAGGUUGAAAAUUCACCCCAAAAUUUCAAUUUUUUCCUCUAAAUUUGACUUGGGUGUAGUUUUUUUUUUGUUUUGUUAAAGAACUAGAAGCCAAGUACUGAGGACAAAAGUACUUUCGAGCUUCCAAGUUUCCUCCUUUUUAUGGCAAAUUGUUUGGUUUUUUAAAUUUUACUCUCAUAUGAAGUCAAGAUUUAAUUUUUAACCUUACUUUAGUUGCUUAGUUUUUCUGGGUUACUUGCAAUUGCACCCAAAAAAGUUGGGUUUUCCAAAUUAAGAUCUAUUUCUGGUUAUAAAUCAAGAAUUUAAAGAUGGGUUCUUGAAAAAACAAACUUUAAAUUUAUGACAUUAUGUUGUGAUGUCACUAUAUAUAAGGUAAAAAUCUUAAGUUUGGGUUAUGCCCAAUUUGUUAAAAUGUCAUUGGUUCAAUCUUCAUCUUGGUCAUCUUCAAUUAACCACAAUUUUUUUCAAAGAGAUACAACUCCACAAUCUCCACCAUCUUCUUCUUCUUCUUCAUCAUCUGGUGGAAAAAUUAGUCCUGCAAUUUUGUUUAUUAUAAUAAUUUUAGCUGUAAUCUUUUUCAUAUCUGGUCUUCUUCACUUGUUAGUUAGAUUUUUUAUAAGACAAAGAUCUUCUUCUUCUUCUUCCUUUUCACAAUCUAAUAGAUACCCUGAUAACAUCUCAAGUUCUGAUGCACAAAGACAAUUGCAGCAACUUUUUAACCUUCAUGAUUCAGGGUUAGACCAAGCUUUCAUUGAUGCUCUUCCUGUGUUUCAAUACAAAGAAAUUGUGGGUUUAAAAGAGCCAUUUGAUUGUGCUGUUUGUUUGUGUGAAUUCUCUGAGCAAGACAAGCUAAGGUUGCUACCUUUAUGUAGUCAUGCUUUUCAUAUUGAUUGUAUAGACACAUGGUUGCUAUCCAAUUCAACUUGUCCACUUUGUAGGGGUGCCCUUUACACCCCAGGACUCGGUAUCGAAAACCCGGUUUUCGAUUUCGACGAUUUGAGGGAUGAAGAUGGGAUUGAUGGUUGUUUAGGUCAGAAGUCAAUUGAGAUUGAAAUUGUGAGUGACAAAAAAGUGUUUCCUGUGAGACUUGGUAAGUUUAGAAGCACAAAUAAUGAAGUGCAACAAGAACAACAACAAGUGUUGGAGACCAAAGAAAGAGAUGUAGGUGAAACUAGUAGUAGCAAUUUGGAUGCAAGAAGGUGUUUUUCAAUGGGUUCAUACCAAUAUGUUGUUGCUGAUUCAGUUUUGCAAGUUGCUUUAUGCCCAAAUAGACCUUCAAAUGAAGGUGCUGAUUUGAAGAUUAUCAAAGGAAGGAAUGGUCAAAAUGGGAAUUUCAGUUCUAAUAUUGGGGAUGCUGAAGCUAGAAAGAUUAAUAUUGGUACCAAAAAAGAAAGUCUUUCUGUAUCUAAGAUAUGGUUAUGGUCUAAGAAAGACAAAUUUCCAAAUUCUACAAAUACAGAUUUUAGUGGUUUUCCUGUUGAUAUGAACUUGCCUUGGACUGAUAGAAGUCAAGCCACAAAAUGAAGGUAUUCACUACUUUUUUUUUUCCUUCAAACUUUUUAUCAUGUUAUCUUGACUCACCUACAUACUAAAGUUCUUAGAUUAGACUCUUGCUUCUUUUUCUUUUUGCCUUUUUUUCUCCUUUUUUUUUUUUUUUGAUGUGAAUUAUGCUCCUUUAUAUCUGAACUUUUAGGCUAAUGACAGUGUAACUUUAUCUUUUAAUGAAGUUAAAUACAAGCUUUUGUUGGAAGAAAUUGUUUGCAUAUUUGGCCAAUUUUUUCCAUUUCUUA